GCAAGACGACAAUGACUUUGAAGACGUCGGUCCUACAUUAGAUUCUCUAUUUCCGAUUUUUUUCUUCGGAAGGGCCGGGAUCUUUGUGCUUCCCAUGUCCUGGGAGCAGUGAGGAGGGCAUGGAUAUUCGAGGGGGAUGGUCUUGUUCUGAGCUAUACGUGAAACCCGGAGUACAAUUUCCGGGGAGAUGUGUGAGGAGUCAAAGUUUCUUUCAUAGUCGGGUUCCUACAGCCUGCAAGAAAUUCCAGAGCUUAAAUCCUGCAGCAGGGUCCCAAGAGGAUCGACCAAGGAGUACAAGUGUGAAAGGCAGGAGCAUCAGGAGAGAGAGCGCUGAAACAACACCAGGCAAUGGCACGCUUGUGGGAGCAAUUGCGUUGAUUACUGGAACCAGCAUUGGUGCUGGAAUUCUGGCAGUACCAGCAAAAACUAUCGCAGCAGGAUUUAUUCCAUCUGCAAGCAUAAUGACUGGUUCUUGGAUCUUUUUGGUUUUGGAGGCUUUUCUUCUGGUCGAAGUGAACUUGGCUCUGAUGAGCAGCAAAAAAGCAAACCAUUCACUGUCGAAAGUCAUCUCUCUUCAAACUAUGGCCGAGACAACUCUCGGCAGCCGAGGAGGAAUCCUUGUUGGAGCGGUUUACGUGCUCCUCACAUAUGCACUUAUAGUGGCCUACAUUUCCAAGUCAGGCGAAGUUCUCUCCCUGUUAUUUCACGUCCCAAGACAGAUAGCGGAAGUUUUGUUCGUCGGCGUAUUUGGAUAUUUGCUUCUCUCUGGCGGAACCAAACUCGCUGACCGAGCCAAUCAGUUCAUGACUGCGGGACUGAUAGGGCUCUUUCUCUUGCUCGUGAUUGGAGGCUCUAAAUAUGGAGACUGGACAGCUCUUUUGCAUCAGAACUGGAAAAUGGCUCCAGAGGCUAUUCCCGUUAUUUUUCUGGCUCUGGUUUACCACGACUUAAUUCCAGUCAUUUGCACAUAUUUGGAUGGCGAUGUAAGGCGGAUACAGACGUCGGUUAUCGUCGGCAGCGCGAUACCUCUGGCCAUGCUUCUGUGCUGGAACGCUGUAGCUCUUUCUCUCGCUUCUACGUCUGGGAAUGCGGAUCCUCUAAGUCUGGCUAUUCAGACCUCCUUCGCUGUGCAGCUCUUUUCUCUUCUAGCCGUGCUAACAUCCAUAAUUGGCUCCGUGCUCGGAAUGUCCGAGUUUUUCAUCGAGCGGCUUGGGAAGUCCAUCGCCAUCUUACUUCCAGGCGAAACAUUCUUUGAUGAUGCAACGUCCCCGAGGCCAGCGCAUAUAAAACUCGUCUCGGUGGCAUUGGUUCUCGUUCCUCCUCUCCUGCUCUCGCUAAGUAUCUCAGACGCCUUCUUCACAGCUGCAGACCUGGCGGGGGGAUAUGGCAUGACCACGCUCUAUGGUGUUCUUCCACCUGUAAUGGCGUGGGGACUGGCCAAAGAAUCUGGAAACUCCCACUAUCCUGGCGGAAGAAACUGGAUCACAAAGCGUGGAACCUUGGCGGUUACAGGCGUAUGUGCUUGCGGGAUCAUAGCAGGCCAGCUGAUUCUCGACUUAUCAUGACUCCAACGGCUUGGCAUGGGUGAUCCGUGACUCUUGGCUGUCCCACUGUUUUUAGUCAGGCAAGCACGCAUAAGGGCCUCAGGAAUGACCCUAUCCAUCGGGAUUCUUUUACAUUCUUUGUGGUGGCGAACACACACACAAGGUUCGGUCUCUUUCCUUGGUAUAAAUUCCUUUCUCCUCUUUGUCAGGGAGAAACAAACAAACAAAUAAACUGUGCGCAGCUUUUUCUCUC